AUGAAGUCUCCCAGCCAGUACGGGAGCGGCCGCAAUGAAGAGACGAGCUUCAUUCGCCGCGUGACCGCGCCCAACCACCCCAAUGGCAAGCGCCGGCAGAAGAAGCUUCUGGCCAUGGCCGGCGCUGCCACCACCUUGAUCGGCGCGUCGGCCGGUCAAAUGGCCGCGGCUCUCGAGGUGCCGGACUUUGUCCAGUCCAUGGGCGACCCGUACUACCCGAGCUUCGACGAGCUGGACAAGGACGGAGACGGCAUCGUGUCCUACACGGAGUACAUGAGAGACCUGAACCAGGUCUGGGCCGACGACAGGGAGAAGAUCGCCAACUCGGCCCUGCCCGAAGUCGUCAAGGAGGACCUCAACAGCCAGCUGGACGACAAGAUCGAGAGCGACACGGCCUGCGUCAAGAAGGCCAUGAUCACGGUGCGUUAA